AAGUUAAGUGUAGCUGGCACCAAAACCACCUCCUCCUUCAUAAAGGCAAAUCUCAACCCCAUAUUUCACUCUUCAAACUCCAAGAACUGCCCUUUUCCCCAACCAUGGCCCUGAGCAGCAAUGUCAUAGGAGCCAUAAACUUUGUCGCCAUGAUCUUAUCCAUCCCCAUCAUCGGUGCCGGGAUCUGGCUCGCCACAGAGGCCGACAACUCCUGUGUGAAAAUCCUACAAUGGCCAGUUAUCAUUCUUGGAGUGCUUAUCCUGGUCGUGGCUCUUGCUGGAUUCAUUGGAGGGUUUUGGAGGAUUCCUUGGCUGCUGAUUUUCUACCUCAUUGCCAUGCUUGUUGCGAUUGUGCUUCUUGCAUGCUUGGUGGUUUUUGUGUACAUGGUGACCAUUAGAGGGUCGGGACAUCCAGCCCCGAGUCGAGCUUACCUGGAGUACAGUCUUGAUGAUUUCUCAGGGUGGCUGAGAAGAAGGGUCCGGAGUUCUUACAAGUGGGAUAGGAUCAGGAGUUGUCUUAGCUCAAGCAGUAUGUGCGCGGAGCUCAACCAGAGUUAUCGUAUGGCUCAGGAUUUCUUCAACGCUCAUAUCAGCCCGUUGCAGUCAGGAUGCUGUAAACCGCCGACAGAAUGUGGGUACACGUUUGUGAAUCCAACAUAUUGGAUCAGUCCCAUAAACACAGCAGCAGAUAUGGACUGCUUGCAGUGGAGCAAUGACCAAACACAGCUUUGCUAUUCAUGCAAUUCAUGCAAAGCAGGACUGCUGGCCAAUAUCAAGAAGGAGUGGAGGAGGGCAGACAUCAUCUUGCUCUUAACUCUCGUCCCUUUGAUCUGUGUUUACUUAGUUGGAUGUUGUGCUUUUAGAAAUGCCAAAACAGAAGAGCUUUUUAGGAAAUACAAGCAAGGAAAUCCUUACAAUUAACAGGAAUUUGGGCUUUGUUUGAGCUAAGAUUGGAGAUUUUUAUUGUUUGUGAAUUCUAGCUUGUUACUUGGAACUAUAUACAUUAUUAAGUACUUGGAGAAAGUUAAUGCCACGGGAAAAAAAGAUUUUAUGUUGCAAGCUGAAA